UUCCCCAACCUCGGCAGCAGCGAAGCUGCAUAGUCGACAUGGCAGGAAAAUAUUGCAACAGUUUUCUAACGAAAGAUGAGAUACUUCCAAGUCUUUUGGAAUAAUAUUCAUCAUGAGAUGUGAUACAAUUUCCACAAUGUGUGAGGACCUUUAAGAACGAUUGAGUUCGGAAAAAAAAAUCUUGAUUCCAGUGGAAUCUUCCAUAUAUCUAUAUAUAUAUAAUUUUUUUUUCUUUGUGUUAAAAUCUUACUUACAUUUACACACACUUAUCCCAUUAAGAUAUAACAAUGCCAGUGCAAGCCCCACAAUGGACAGAGUUUCUACUGUGCCCGAUCUGCACACAGACUUUUGAGGAGACUGUUCGCAGGCCCAUCAGCUUAGGCUGUGGACACACUGUUUGCAAGAUGUGCCUGAAUAAGUUGCACCGAAAGGCCUGUCCCUUUGACCAGACGGCCAUCAGCACAGACAUCGAGCAGCUACCUGUCAACACAGCCCUUUUGCAGCUGGUUGGAGGCCAGGUUCCUAAGGCUCAGCCAGUUGCCUUGAUUACCAGUCCAGAGGACUCUCAGAAUUAUGAGGUGGCCAGGCAGUGUGUUGAGGAACUGGCCCUCUACCUCAAACCUCUCAGUAACACCAGAGCAGGUGUGGGUCUGAGCAAUACAGCCCAAAGCAUAUUGAGUCGGCCCAUGCAGAGGAAACUGGUAACUUUGGUCCAUUGCCAGCUGGUAGAGGAAGAAGGCCGCGUCAGAGCCAUGAGAGCUGCCCGCUCUCUUGGUGAGAGAACUGUCACUGAACUCAUCUUGCAGCACCAGAAUCCACAGCAACUCUCUUCCAAUCUGUGGGCUGCGGUCCGUGCUCGAGGAUGUCAGUUUCUUGGACCAGCAAUGCAGGAGGAAGCUCUGAAGUUGGUCCUCCUUGCUUUAGAAGAUGGUUCUGCUUUGUCGAGGAAGGUGUUGGUUCUCUUUGUCGUCCAAAGGCUGGAGCCACGCUUCCCCCAGGCUUCUAAAACGAGCAUAGGCCACGUAGUACAGCUCCUUUAUAGAGCCUCCUGCUUUAAGGUCACCAAACGUGAUGAAGAUUCAUCCCUGAUGCAGCUGAAAGAGGAGUUCCGUACUUAUGAAGCACUGCGACGUGAGCACGACUCUCAGAUUGUUCAGAUUGCCAUGGAGGGUGGAUUGCGCAUUGCACCCGACCAGUGGUCUUCUCUGUUGUAUGGAGAUCAGUCUCACAAGUCGCACAUGCAGUCUAUUAUAGAUAAGCUGCAGACCCCAGCAUCUUUUGCUCAAAGUGUUCAGGAGCUAACAAUUGCACUGCAAAGGACUGGAGACCCAGCCAACCUCAACAGGCUGCGGCCCCACCUGGAACUACUGGCUAACAUUGAUCCCAGUCCUGAUGCUCCUCCUCCAAUGUGGGAGCAGCUUGAAAAGGGGCUGGUAGCAGUGAAAACAGUGGUACAUGGCCUGGUUGACUUUAUCCAGAACCAUAGCAAGAAAGGAGCUGAUCCUCAGCAGCCUCCUCAGCACAGCAAAUACAAGACAUACAUGUGUCGUGACAUGAAGCAGAAGGGAGGCUGUCCGCGUGGAGCCAGCUGCACUUUUGCUCACUCUCAGGAAGAACUGGAGAAAUAUCGUAAGAUGAACAAGCGUCCGGCACCUCGCUCAGGAGGGCUACUGCCAGAUGAUGGCCUUACUGAUUUAGCAGGGACCCGGAAGCCCUCACCUCUUGCCAAUGGCAGCGGUGCACCAAAUCUGCCACCACUAAUUGCCCGUGGGACAGACUCUGUCUCAUAUGACAUUGUUCGUAAAGCUGUCAAGCUAGAAGGAGGAAGUAGUAGUGCCCCAGGAUCACCACCGGAUGUCCUUGACACCGUGCCCAAGCCUGGUAUGCCUCUGCCACCUCACGCAAUGGCCCAUUCAAGGAUACCACCAGAUCACAUCUCGGGGGUGAAGCACAUGCCUGUGGUAGCCAGAGGUUCACCAGUGUAUCCUCAGCCGCAAUUCUCUGAGAUGUGCUAUAACACUCGUCCACCCCCUGCUUCUCAGUAUGAGCCCACACAAUACUCCACAGGGUACUCGUACCAACAGCCACAAUAUGUUCCUCGGGAUUACAUCCGUAACCCGCCUCCCUCGAAUGAGUCAGGACCCCCUUACCCAGACCCCUACCCGGGCUAUGGCCCUCCAGAGCGCCCCUAUCAGGGUCCUCACUCAGGCCCGCCUUUCUCGUAUCCUCACCCUCCUUAUUACGACAAAGAUCGCCACGGUGGCCCACCACCUCCCCCUCAGCCUUACCCAUCUCAGAGGGACGACUUGUUCAGAAUGAGCCCAGCACCUCUGGAUGUUCCUCCACCAUCUGCAGGACAGACCAACUCACUGUACCACCAGGAGCCCAGUGCUCGGGAUAGAUACCCACCAGAUGGCUACUAUCCACCCAGCACUCAGCCUCCUCAUAUAAGAACUUAUGUCAGGGGACCCCCACAUGGUAAUUCACAGCUCAGUUUGGACUACCUCCAUCGGCGUCGGCAAGAGUUGUUGUCACAACUUGAAGAAAGGAAAGUCAUCUCCCCUCCACCAUUCGCUGCCUCCCCCACUCUUUCACAUCCCUUUCCCAGUGACUACCCUAGUGAGUAUGGUGACGAUAGCUCCAAAACAUUAGUCAAAUGCAGAGACCUCGAUUAUCCAGGGCAAUACUCCCCCUGGUCAUGUGAAACUAUCAGCCGAUAUAUUGGCACAAAGGACGCCAAACCCAAAGAUGUUAUGGUUCCUGGUACCAUGGAGAUGAUGAAUGUGGAAGCUAAAGGUCUAAGGGAACCGUCAUUGGAAGCGCCUCGUAGGGGGGCAGAAGUAAAGGACGAUGACCCUAUUAUCCCAUUUGGCCCCCAGCCCACUGUAUCACGCUUUGGCGCCAUCUCCCGCACUUCAAAGACCGGCUACCAGACCACCGGCCAUGUGCAGGGCAUGGUCACACCGCCCCAGAACCCCAACUCCAAACACAUGCCUAUGUCAGCUGAAUAUUCAUAUGGAAAUCACGGAGGAUGGGGUGCGCCGUCGUACCCUUCCCACUCCUCUCAGGGACACUUUAGUGAGCGCCUUCCCAUGCCAGCCCAAGACAGAGAACAGUUACAGAUUGAGCUGCAGCAGGUCAACCAGCAGAUCACUCAGCAAACCCAGAUGCACAACAUGGAGGCUGCCAGUAACUCUCUACUCCUGCAGAGGGAGGCUAGUGCAAUGGCAGGCCAGCCUGUGCAGACAAGCCAAGGCCAGACAUCAGUGACCCCACAGCAGCAGCAACAGCCCAAGUGGCCAGCAGGGGGCGCUAGUGCAACAGCUGUCUCCAGUGAACAGCUGAGCCUUGAGCUCCACCAAGUGGAGAGAGAAAUUGGGAAAAGGACUAGAGAGAUGGCUAUGGAAAACCAGGUAGCCCAUGAGGUCCAGCAUUACAAGAUGAAAACUGCAGAGAAUGGACAACCAGAGCACAAGACUCAGCUGGAGGAAAUCUCCCUUGCUCUUGGCGAAGUGUCUAACGGCUCCAGCGGGCUGCAGGAAAGCGCAGUGGGUGGGUCCAUGCUGUCCCUGACAAAUAAGACGUCUACAAUGAGCCUGUGCUCUGAUCCAAGUGCCACCGGUUCAGAGAUGCAGAAAAAUGGCGUCCAUUCCUGCUCUUAGGAAGUACACGCGCACACAUAAACAUUUUAUGCAUACACAAAGCGCUCAGUUGAAAAGCAUGCACAGGCACACAUACACCCGUUCUAUUUAGAAGAUGAGCAGUAUCUGCCGUGAUGAAUUUUCUUUCUUUUUGUUCUGUGAAUGAGCUUUUUUUUAUGACUUUCCUUGCCUGGAAACCAGAGCAUAUAAUAACAUUUGUGUGUGUUGUUAAAUCUUGAUUUAAAAAAAUAAAUAAUUUUUUUGUUUGUUCUGGGAUUAGAUUAACAAGGCUCGCAAUGGAUAUCUCGGGAAGAGAAAGUGAUGGUGAUGUUGACAGCAGUGUUUGCUCUUUAUAGUAAAUAUGGCUAUUCAGUUGUCAAACUUAAGAUGAGUAAUGAUCUACCCUUUGCAAGAUUCCUGGCUUAUUUGUUGAAGCACUCAUUUAAAGAAACGGUUAAGAACAGAGCAGUGCAGGUUAACAGGUCACAUAAAGGUUUCCCUUUCAGUAUCAUUCAUGAAGGUAAUAUAGAAAAGACCAAAUAUGUGUGGCUUGGUUAUCGCCCCCAAAAUCGUAGUGGUUGCCAUGAUCUGGACGUCAGAGGAGGGAAAUGCUAAGUCCCACCUGUAUAAGGCCAAACGAGACAUGUACAGUGCAGAAAUGAAGAGUAGCACCGCAUGUAUUUCCUCUUCUGCCACAGGAGCUCUGAUUUUAUUCUCACAUUUUAUGAACUCAUCGUAUAUCCGUUUAAUUUUUGAAAGCAGUAUAUAAUAAAUUGGAGCAUUCUGUUUUAAAGAUUGCAACAAGUCAUUUUGAUAAGGUGUCCACUUCUAUAAGGUGCUUCUCUUCAUUGUGGGUUAAACUGAUGUGGUUUGGUUUCGGUGCCUCUCACCCGUCCUCCAUUUGCUCACAGCCUAUAAUGGCAUUUUACAGUAUCCUCAGAAGGAGUUUGUUGUACUUCUUUUUCCUGAGUUAAUGCACAUUUGCAGGCUGAGAGAGGAGUAUUUUUCAGCUUCAGGAAUCGGGUGAGUGAGCGUAAACUUAACAACAUCAGGGUGUUAGCAUUUCCCUCCCGAGAACUUCUCAUCUGGCCACUUGAAGGGCCUCCCCAUUGGGAUUAUCUUGUCAUUUGUUCUCCUAACUUCUAUGAAGUUGCCUUCCCUUGUGUUGUUUUUGUUAAAUCUUUUUUUUUUUUUUCCUGUGCUUUACAUUGUUACGAUUUUGGGCGGUGCAGCUAACCUUGUGGAAGCUUCGAGGAGCGGAGUUAAAGUGGUGUCCUUUGUCAUGGAAAGGUUUAAUUUUGGGAUGUAGCAUUUGUUGCAGAAAGGUUGCUGCUGUAGCAUUUUCAGCUGCACAGUACAUCUGAAAUCAUGUUUACAGCUGAGAGUAGGAGCUUUAGUUACUGGGAAGGAAUAAAAAGAAAGCUUGAAAACCAGCUGCCCUUACGUAAGAUUUGAAAUGACGGCUUAAAUUGGGGAGCAUGUGGUCGAGGUCGACCGUUACCAGGCUGUCAUCAUCACCAUCAUUACUGCAUCUGCUCUUUCUCCCUCAUAGAAGUUGUUUACUGCUAAUGCUCGACACGGAGCUCUUUGCCUUCUGUAAACAAUUGGCUUAACUGGCAACAGUUUUAGAGCUCUGCUCAGCGAGUCCUUGUGUUUGAACGGUUAGAAUAUAGACGCUUUGGGUCAAGUUGUUAUAGUUUAAGGUUGAGCCUUCAUUUUGGUUAGACGGGAAACUGAGAAACUUACGGACAAAUCCCUGAUGAUCGGUGAGUCAGUUGACGACACAAAUACUUUUGUGUCUGACGUCAUCAGACUUUGGGGAUCUCUCUCCAUUUUUCAGAAUCUUUUUUUUUUUUUUUUUUAAGUUUCCAUCCACACUUAAAGCCUCUGGCUGCUCCUUGCUACAUUUAUUGUUUAGGUACACAGCUCACUUAUACAUAUGAGUAUGUAUACAUUAUUAAUAUACUAAAGCACUAUUAACGUGCCACCUCUUACUCAACUUGCUCAGCAUUUAUAUUAAAUGAUCUCUACUUAGAAUCAGCAAAAUAUUUUUUGUUUUUUUGUUUUCUGUCCACUGGUUGCCAACACAGACUUUAUCCUUUCCCAGACGAAGGACCUCUGUGUGCAUUGAUGUGUGUUCACUUAAUCUUUUGUGUUCAAACAAAGAUGUUCUUUUUAGACUAUGCUUCCGAAGAAGACAAAAUCUGUAACUUUGGAAAAUUUAUAUGGAGAUGUUUUGUGUGUGCUAGAUUGUAUUGUAGAAAAUGUACCCUGACUUAAGUUUUUUUUUUUUCUCUCUUCCCACCCCUACUGCCCUCCUCAAAGUGUGCUGUACCGGGUGAUGGUAGUGUUGAGGUAUUACAGCAGUGUUGGACUUCUUUUUCUUUUUUUAUUUGUCUCCCACUACUGUCCCCCCCCAAAAAACAAAUGGCAGAAGUCUCUGAUGAAAAGCCAGCCUUAAAUCCAUCUGUAACGCUUCUCUGCAGUAUCUGUUUAAGUAGCAUGAGAUCUCAGUACACAACCCAAAGCUGAAUUACUAUGAUUCAGUCAUACAGAUGGACUGUAUCAGACCCCGCCCGCCUCUCAAAAGGCUGCAAUCUCAAAUGUUAUUGGCGCCAUUUUGUUUUUGUUUUUCUUCGUCCUCUUUUGCCUUACAAGGGAAAAGAUUUUGUCGCAUGGGGUUUAUAGUUUUCUUCGCAUUUUUGCAGGAGCUAAGGUGAAUCCCUAGAUCUGAUUUUGCAGUUGACAGCUUUAAGAGUGUCCAAGUAAGCUCCCGUAUUCCCCUUUUAUCUGGCGACUUAUUAGUUACUCGACCUGCCAUCUAUAAGAAUAACUGCGGUUCGAUUGAAGGAAGGGGGCUUUCACUACAAAUUUACAACAUGCAGAUGUGGUAAUGUCUCAUUCUUGUAAGUCAACCAAAUAUUCCAAAGCAUGGAUUCUGCCUGAGGGGUCAUUGUAGGUCCAGGUGAGCCUAAAACACCUUUUAGUUUAGCUGAACUUUCAUACAGUGAUGCUAAGGGACCGUCGCUGUUUGUAAAUGGCAAACAUGUUUGUUUCAGUUGUGUUUCUUUUGUGAGUGGAGCUGCUGCCUACACCCCUCAGUGACCACAAACCCCCUCUACCCCCACACUCGACCGCUGACCUGCUGUUUGAGGCUCACAUUUUAUUCCUGAACUUUCUGGGAAAAUUCGCAAAUGGCUUUUUUAUAUGAUUACUCCCUUGUAAAAUAUUUCUUAAAUUAAGGUACAGGUUUGAUUUCAGCAAGAAAAAAAAGGUUUUUAUAUGUAUAUUAUACUCCAUUAAGGAAUGUCUAGAAUUAUCUUCCUCCAAUGUGGAUGUAGCCAUUAUUACGCCAUUUUAUGACUUUGUAAGAGAAUUCACUGUGUGAAAAUUGGUUUGCAUUUUUGUAUAAUACAAUCUGCUUUUUUCUUUUUGUUUCUUUUUUUUGUUUUUCUUUUUUGUUUGUUUGAUACGAGAGGGAGGUCAAACUGGAAGUUUGAAUAAAGAAUAAAAACCUGUGAAAUUGAGAAAAAACAAAAUGUAACUUAUGUGCAACAGUGAUUCUAAGCAGAGGGGGGAAAAUAAAUGAUAUUGCUAACUGAA